UUCAUCAAUUCCUGCCAGAGGAAGGAACCAACAUGGCAGUCACCUUUUUUGAUUUUGGGUAUGCUGAUAGAUUUUUACAGACAGAAUCCUCCAACAUGCUUACUUUACACUCUACUGCUGAAUGGAAUGCUCAUUUCAAUGCCCUCAAAGAAACUAACAAGCUGAUGGUAAUUGAAUUCACAGCUUCAUGGUGUGGACCUUGCAAACUCAUGGACCCAGUUGUACGAGAGUUUGCCGCAAAAUAUACAGAUGUUGAGUUCAUCAAGGUUGAUGUAGAGGAAUUACUGGAAUUGUCUCAAGCAUUCCAGGUGCAGCAAUUACCAACAUUCAUGCUAAUUAAGAGAGGCAAAGUUGCUGAUAAAUCGGUAGGAAUAAAAAAGGAGGAGCUAAAAAAGAAGAUUGAGGAACACAGAAAAUAAAUGAUUGAUCAUCAUGA